AUGCUUUAUUUCUCACUGCUAAUCUUGGAGGAACUUAAAGAGGAAGUCAUCCUGUUAAAUGAGAUCAUGGUAUCUUUUGAUUUCACCUUCCUAUUCACUUCUAUCUCCCAGGAUCUGGCGGUCAAGACCAUUAAAGUCCUCCAACAAAGAACAUACGGUGAAAAGGGAGAAUCGGAAGCUCUGCUUCAGGAGAUGGAAGCAACGGAGGAGACAAACAACCUUAUCCAACGCCAGAUAUCGUCCCUCCUGAUGGCUCAUCAGCCGCGGGAAGUGCACCCCAAGUUCAAACGCGUUGCCCUUACAGCACUCAAGGCUGACCGGGACAUCUUCAGCGUGCCAGCCAACAAGGGACGUUCUACGGUCAGAAGGCGAUAA